AUGGGUCAAGGAUGUGGGGAUGAAGACGUCCCCCCGGCACCAUUCUCUUCUGCUCACUCUCCAGCUCACUCCCCAUUAUCAGUUGGAGUCUUUUCUACUUCAUCUGCCACGUCAUCAUCUUCAACACCUCCUCCGUCAACGUCUCCCAGUGCAUCUGGAGUUACAACAGGUGUCCGAUCGACAGAAAAUGAUUGGAAACAGGCAGCAGAUGAGAAUCUGGCCGAGUUGUGUAUAUUUCAUGUCCCGGAUAAAGCUAUUACCUUGCCGAACCCGAAGCGAGCCGAGUGUACGUUGCCUAUGAAUUUGAUUCUGAAAUCUUCAAAAAACCGUAAAAAAUCAUCGAUUUGGUCAUCUGAUCAAAUUCCACGAGGUGUUCGAUUCGGUCCUCUUGUUGGAGAAAUUCGAUUGGUUGACGUCGAAUCAGCACUCGUGUUUCCUGCUGAAGCUUCAAUGGCUGGUGGAACGACGGCACAAGAAGAGGUUCCAUUUGAUGAAACUCCGGAAGAAUGGAAAGUUUUCUCGCCUUCUGGAGGUCGGCUAACAAAAACAAUAAGUGUGAAGGACGAUGGAAAAUCAAAUUGGAUGAAGUAUGUGGUGGCAGCAGAAGAUGAAAGUAAUCAGAAUCUGGUCGCUGCUCAAAUUGGAAAUGAUAUUUAUUUCUACACCGUCAAAAAGAUUGAAUCGAAUACAGAACUGUCAUUUUGGUUCAGCAGAGAUUAUGCCAGAAAAUUGAAUUAUUCAACAACUCCGUCCGUGAGGACAAGAGCCACCUCUCAACAAGCACCAAUCCUUCUGGUUCCAUCAAUUCCAUCGAUUCCAUCUGCAGCACCAAUUUCGUCUUCAACUGCAAUCGCAAGCCUAGCAGAGACAAUAAUUGCCAUCGAUUAUUCCGUAAAGAAACUUGUCGAACCUGCAGAUGUUCCAUCAACUGAUGCCUCGUCAACCAGUGAUAAUGAUGAGGAAAUGGUCGAUGUGGAAGAGAAAGAGAGUUGCACAAAGCCAGUUGCAGAAGUCUCAAGGCCUAAUGUUAUCCAAAAUCCAGUAGUACGACCUGUUCCUACAAGAUUAACAAGCUUCUCAGCACCUAUACGGCCUGCUCCGUUGGAUCCUUUGGCAAUGUAUAAAGAUUAUCUGAGGAAAACAAUUCAGUGGACAAAGCUCACCGAAACGUCUAUAUUUGUCCCUCCAGUGGUUCAAACAGCUGCUACGAUAACUGCGACGGGCGGAAGAUCCGGUCAGCCAAUUGACGUACAGCCGGUACUCGCAGCCACUGCUGGAGCUCAUUUCGGAAAUUACGCCGCCAUUUAUGGAAGUCAAGAUUUCCAAAACGAACUGAAGCCAUUAUUCACGACUGCAACACCCGCAUUUGGCGGUGGUGGAGGCAUGGGAGGAGGAUUCGGAAUGGGUGGAAGUGGACAUGGAUCGUCUUUCCACCAACUUCCAUUCGUGAAUCAUUCAGCUGCCUCACACAAUGAUUCGUCGUUUAAUGGGGUUCCAAACUACGUCCAACAGCAAGAGAAUGGAAAAACCAGAUACGCUUGCAAAGACUGUAAUAAAACAUUUGGACAACUCUCAAACUUAAAGGUUCAUGUCAGAACACACACAGGAGAACGACCCUUCAAAUGUGAGAUCUGCACAAAAGAGUUCACCCAGCUUGCUCAUCUUCAAAAGCAUCAUCUAGUACACACUGGAGAACGACCUCAUCGUUGUGAUAUCUGUGAUAAGAGAUUUUCGUCUACAUCAAAUUUGAAAACUCAUUUACGCCUUCAUAACGGACAAAAACCGUAUACUUGCGACGUUUGCGAUGCCAAGUUCACUCAAUACGUUCAUCUGAGACUUCACAAAAGAUUGCAUGCAAAUGAAAGACCGUACAGCUGUGGAACCUGUGGAAAGAAGUACAUUUCUCCAAGUGGAUUGAGAACUCAUUGGAAGACAACCACGUGUAAGGAGGAGGAUACAAAAGACAUGUUGAUGUGGAAGAAGGAUGAUUUGAUGGAGAUUAAGGGAGAAAUUGAUGAAGGAUCUCCGUCAAACUACAUGGAUAUUUUUGAAAAUCCAUUGAAGUAUAACAUUUCCAAUCCAUCUCUUCUCGGUCAAGGACCAAGUGGAAUGCAAGAGCAACAGCCUCCACCACCGACUCCACAGCAACAACAACACAUGAUGUAUGGAAAUGGAAUGGGACAUAUGGGACAGCCACAACACCUUCAAGGGCCACCUCAACACUUCCAAAUGGAUCAUAAUGGAAUGCAAAAUGGAGGACAUCCACACCAACAUCAACUUCUUCAGCCACAAUCUGUGCAGCCAUCCCAUAAUCCCCAUGAUAGUGUUCAUCAACCUCUUAGACUUCCUGAUCUGAAACCAUCUCUUCUCCCAACUCUCGGUCUACCACAUUAUCAGUGA